AUGAGUGACGACGAGACGACGACUGAUGGUAUGUACGGCCGCGGAUAUUAUACACUAUUCGAGUGGGGCGUGGUCGACCUGCACUGUUCCCGCCAUGUCAGCCGGCGAACGGCGCAUCGUCCCGACACCGGCGGCGACGUGCGGAGCAUUAACAGCGCAUCCAGGCACAUUGCCUCCGGCAUCGAUAUUAGUCCGGCGAUGUCAUCUCGUCGUUUUCCUGCAAUAUCCUUAUUCUGGAUGGAUGAUCACACCUCAUCAAUGAAUAGCCAUCGUCGUCCACUGUGA